AUGCGUAGAGGUACUGCUUUGAAACUUCGACAGGCAAAUGGGAAACCUUUCCUCGUUGAUGUUCCAGAGAAUCGCUAUCAUUUUGUUUCUACCUGGGACCAUAUCCAAGAAAUCAAUGCUGUCCACAUAACAUCCACGACCGCAUGUUUUGUGCUGCAUGAUUUCUGCCUUCGCCUUGAGUAUAUCCCUCUUAUCCGCCAAGAAGUUGAAUCGGUAGGAUGGGAGUCAUUCGAUACAUCCAAGGGUCAGGGGUUCCCGUUGCUCGACAGCUUCAUGAAAGAAUCAUCUCGACUGAAUCCAGUCGAAGCUAUGAGCACGCGGCGCGUAGCCCUUAAACCGUUUGAACUUUCCGGCGAUCACCAGGUCCCUGUCGGCGAAUGGGUCUGUACAGCUCCUGGUGCAAUGCAUCAUGAUUCUGCCUACUAUGCAAAGUCAUCCGAGUUUCACGGCUUCAGAUUUGUUGAGCCAUCCCUCUACAGAAAUAUUCUUGAGGCCACUAAUUUCGAGAUACCAGAGUUAGGCAAAUCAUCGGAAUUUGUGUCCGUUCCAGAUUGGCAGCUCUGGGGUACAGGGCGUAUUGCAUGGAAGCAUCAUGAAUAG